UGGUCUCCCAAGACCCUGCAUUCACUAUAUCUGGUCUCCCAGGACCCCACAUUCACUAUAUCUGGUCUCCCAGGACCUUGCAUUUACUAUAUCUGGUCUCCCAGGACCCUGCAUUCACUAUAUCUGGUCUCCCCGGACCCUGCAUUCACUAUAUCUGGUCUCCCAGGACCCUGCAUUCACUAUAUCUGGUCUCCCAGGACCCCGCAUUCACUAUAUCUGGUCUCCCGCAGUACAAAGAACAUGUACAUGCACUCUCCCAAAGAAAAUUCUCUAGCAAUACACACUAAACUGAGCAUAGUGACCCCUAGAGCUCUGUACUAUUAGCAGAU